AUGGGGGACUCAAAGCUCUGCCUUUUGCUGCUCCUGAGCACCUCUGCCUUGGCUUUCGCCCAAGAUGAUGAUCAACCAACCUGUUUGCUGGCCAAAAGGUACAAGACCCUGCACAAGUAUGAGUACACGUAUGAUUCUGAAUCUCUGAAUGCCAUCAAUGGAGCCUCAAUGCUUAAGAACGGACCCAAGGUGUCAUGCAAGGUUGAAAUUGAAGUGCCUCAGAUGUGUAGCUUCAUCGUCCGCACCUCUCAGUGUGACCUCACUGAGGUGGUCGACAUGGACAGUGAGGGCAACCCAGUCUACAGCACUACACCCGCGUCUGUCUCCUUCGCUGAUGAAAUGGAGAAACACCCUCUGAAGGUUAUGGUUGAGGGUGUGUAUGAUGUGAAACUUUAUCCUGAGGAGGGUGAGACCACAACCAUCCUGAACUUCAAGAGGGGUAUCAUCUCUGCCCUGCUUGUGCCUCUGCUGGAGGAGGAUAAGAACAGGAAUAUGCCCACAAUUCAUGGCAUGUGCAAGACCCAGUACUCUGUGAAUGCAAGACAGGACAUUGCCACCGACAUCAGCCUGUCCAGGGAUCUGUCCAGAUGUGACAAGUUUGUCCCCACAAGAGACCACACCAGCCCCUUGGCCCUUAUCUCUGGCAUGCACUACCCCCUUGCCCAGCUGGUCAGGAGCUCCCAGACCUGCAACUACAAGUUUGACAACACCAACAAACACAUGACCUCUGCAUCCUGCACUGAGAACCACAUCCUGGUGCCCUUCUCUCACAAGGGACAGUAUGGAGUUACCAAUGUCGGCAAGCAAGAGCUGACACUGGUGACAGUUUCUUCUCACAAUGACAGGAUCUUUGAUUAUGAUGAAGCCAGUGUCAAGGGUCUGCACAUGGAGGCUGCUGAGGACAAGAGUGCUAUCCAGGAUAAGGAUGCUGGUCUGGCUCUGCUGAGAGAACUGGCCUCUCUGCCCGAGACUGAGGGUGACAGGAGAGCCAACCUCUUCCACAAGCUGGUUACCAUGGUCCGUGGGAUGAAGGCUGAGACCUUGAGCCCCAUCAUUCCCGAGGCCAUCCAAGUGUCCCGUGCCCUGACCUUCCAGGUUUUGGCCCAGUGCGGUACCCCUGAGUGCAGCAGCGCCAUCAUGCAGAUCCUCAGGACCUUUGACAGCUCCUCCCUUGAGGUUGAUGCCUCUGUGUUUGCUAUGGGACUAGUGUCCAACCCCUCUGCCCUCCUGAUCAAUGACAUGCUUGAGAUGGCCAAAUACAAGUCUAGCAAGCCCAUCAUGUAUGCCCUAAGCAAUGUUGUCAAGAGGUUCUACAAGGCUGAGGGUAAACUGACCCCCGAGAUUCACUCUGUUGCUGAGUUCAUGGCUGCCAAGCUGGGCGACUGCUCUGGUGAAAAGGACCAGACUUUCAUGACUUUGAGGGUUAUUGGAAAUAUGGGUGCAGCCAUGGGAGCUGCCAGUCCUGCUCUGCGAGCUGCUGUGAUCCAGUGUGUGAACCAGCCUGCUGCCUCCCUACCAGUCCAGCAGGCUGCCAUCCAGGUCUACAGGCUGACUCCUGUCCCUGAGGAGGGCAGACAGGUUCUCAUGCAGGUCCUUCUGGACAGCGCUAGCCCUCUGCAGAAGCGGGUUGCUGCAUAUCUGGUACUGAUGAAAGACCCCAAGCCAAGUGAACUGGCCAGGAUAGCUGCCGCCUUGCCCAAAGAGUCGGACAUGCAGGCCAAGAGUUUUAUCAUCUCCUACAUGACCAACAUUUUGUCCUCAACUGAGCCUGAGACCGAAGAGCUGAGGCAGAAGAUUCGUGAUGCCAUGCAGAAUAAUGAGAUUGGACCUGCCAUGGACCCCACCAAAUUCUCUCGCAACUACAGGAUUGGAUCAAUGGAGGGCAACAUGAUCUUUGAGACUACCAGCUACCUGCCCAAGGAGCUCAUGCUUGAAAUGACCCUGAGGGCAUUUGGCUUUGACAUUGACAUGAUGGAGAUUGGCAUGGAGGGCAAAGGAUUUGAGCCAACAGUUGAGGCCCUGUUUGGAGAGAAUGGAUUCUUCCCUGACUCCGCCCUGAAAACAAUGUACUUUGUUACUGACAACAUGCCCCUUGGGAUCCAGGAGAUCUUGGAGAACAUGCUGCCUGUCCUUAAGACAAAGAAACAGGCUUCCCACAGCCUGAUGAGGGAAAUUGGACGGAACCUCAACAAACUGGUGAGGGAACUGAAGACCAAACAAUCUCCUGAGGCAAUGGUGUAUCUGAGACUCUUUGGAAAUGAGCUGGGAUACCUGAGGACCAACGAAAUGGAGGAGAUGGCCUAUUCUGCUGCCAUGAUGAUUGACAGCAUGUUCAAGAUGUUCCCCACUGAUAUGAUGAAGGCAUUGAUGACUAGGGAUGACAACACAAUCUUUGCCCACUACAUCUUUAUGGACAAUGAAUUCUUCCUGCCAACUGCCACUGGUGUGCCUCUGAGGAUUGCCUUGUCUGGUACCUUCACCCCUGGUAUCAAGGGUGGACUGAAGUUUGCUCGUGAUAUGAGCGAGGUCACUUUCAUGCCCUCUGCUGGUCUUGAGUUUGUGACUCGUGUUGGCUCCCACUUCCCUGAAUAUGUGAACUCUGGACUAGAGAUGCACACCAGCCUCUUCCAUGAGAGUGGGCUGAGUGCCAAGCUCUCCAUGGGAAGCGACAAUGUCAAGCUGACCAUUCCUGCCCCCAAGAACCCUACUAAGAUUAUGAGCAUCACAAACACCCUGGUGGCAGUGACUGGAGCACAGGUGAGGGCUAUCACCCCAAUGAUCAAUGACAAGGUUGAUGUUAAUGAGUGCACUCCCGUCUUCGCUGGAAUGAAAUACUGCACAGCCCUGCAGUACACUGAUGCUUUCUCUCAUGAGACAGCUCCAUACUUCCCAUUCACUGGAGACAGCAAGAUUGCCAUGGAACUCCACCCAACUGGUGAAAUUACUGAAUACACCGCUACCAUUAACUAUGAGCUCCUCAAGGAGGGAGAAGAGGGCCGGCAGAAGGUUGACUCUGUGAAGAUGGUUCUGAGGGCUGAAGGUAAUCCCACCGAGGCCAGAGCAAUUGUUAAAUAUAACAGGAGGAAGCAUGUCAUCACUACUGACAUCCAGAUCCCUGACUAUGAUGUGGAGGCUGGAUUCAGGCUGGGAGUCAUCGAUGGCAACACCAAGGGCAAGGGAACUCACUCCAUCUCGCUUGACCUUAUAAACAAAAACAUCCCUGAACUCUCCCUGGUUGGCCGUGCCAAUAUGAAGGCGAUGAAGGAGGGCAUGCUCCAAGUCCAGCUUCUUGUCCCAUCAAUCAAGGCUCGUGCCACUGUCACAGCCAACCUGAAGCGUGAUGAGGAAUUGGAAAUUGAGCUGGAGAGUGAUAUCAAGGUCCUGGAUGCUGCCUCUGAGCAAAAGAUCACAAUGAAAUAUGAUGGCGACAAAAUUGAGAUGGAGAUCAAAUCUGAUGUGAACUCUGAGAUCUAUCCUGAUGAGAUGAUUCAAAAGUAUGGCAAUGAUCUUCUUGAUAUGCAAGUGGGGGAGAGUGACAUGAAGGUCCGUCAAAUUCUCAUGAAAGCUGUGGAGGUGAUUAAUAACUACAUGGAGAAGAAUGUUGCCGAUAGUCCUCUCUCAUUCCUUAAGAAUCUCAGAAUACCUGAAAUGCCUGAAAUUUCUCUGCCAGAGAAACUUUUCCUGAAUACUGAGGCAAAGGCAGUCUACUAUUUAAACAAUGAGCGCUUCACCAUUUCUAUCCCCCUGCCUCUUGGAGGGAAGUCAACAGAAGAGCUAAACUUUCCACCUGCGUUAACCACACCACACCUGUCUAUGCCCCAGUUUGGACUGGAGAUUGUAUCCAUGGAGAUUCCCAUCCCAGAGUUUUUUGUCCCUGAAAGACUUACUGUGUCUGUGCCUCUCUUUGGCAAAGCUGAGGUCUCAACUGUGAUGAAGAGCAACAUCUAUGACUUGGAGGCCUCAGCAGCUGCUGGCAAAGAUGUUGUAGAGACACCAAGCUACUCAGCUAAAUUUGAUGUGAAAGGAACCUCCCCCAUUGAAAUGCUCUCAAUGAAGUUUGAAGGCUCUGGAAUGCUGGCCAACUCUGACUCCAUCAAAGCCCAGUUGAAGAGCUCUUUGACACAUAAAUUCAUUAAAGCCAGUAUCACUAUCACUGAGGAUGCAACCAUCACAGACAAGAUCAAUCUGAAAUCAAGCAGUAAAAUUGAAGCCACAAGUCCCUUUGGUCUUAAUAUUAUCCUAGACCACACAGGCACAGCUGGCAUCAACACUGAGGAGAUCUCUGGUGAUAGCAACCUUCAGGGAACAGUCAAAGCUGGACACAUCUAUGGCGAAACCAUUUCCACCCAAACUGUUGCCAUCUUCCCAUCUAGACCAGAGGCAAAGAUUGACUCUUCUCUCAAGAUUGACUCUACUAUUCUUCAGGCCCAGAACACAAUUGCAGCAACAUUUGUCAAUGGUGAUCUCUCUGUUGUGUCUAACACCAAAGCUUUUGAAGACCUGCUGACCCAUGAGGCUGAGCUUUCCUUCAAAGACCACAAGCUGUCACUGAAAUGUGAUACAAAGGCGCUUGCUCUUGGCAUGACUAUCAACAAUAAAGCUGUGGCCUCUGCUGGUGCCGGUGAAGUCACCAUGUCAAUGGAGACCAAAGCAGAUCAUUCUGAAAACCGUAUCUCCUCUCUACUUACUGCAUCUUUUGAUACCAAUGGUCUGGCUGUGAACAGUGAUGCCACUGUGAAGCUCCUUGAGAAUGAGGCCACCCACAAGGCUACUCUCACAAUGAAUAGGGACGGUUUGGCUACAAGUGGAACAACCAAGCUUCAGAGUCCCCUGACCAUGGAAAACACCUUCGAAGCUGGACUUGAUGCCUCCAGGGCUACACUCACCAUUAACAACAUGGCUGCAGCCAGUGACAUGAAGGUUGAUAAUGCAAACACCCUGACAAUCACUCUCUCUAGCCUCGACUUCAGUUCAAAGGCUGGAGCCAACAUCGGUGAACAUGCCUCCUACACUCAAGACAUCACCAUUGACAUGAAGCCCUACACUGUUUCUGCAAAGGUUAAUAACAAUCUGAAAGUGCUGGCUGCCAGCUUCAUUAAUGAGGCUAAACUGAACGCAGAGCUCUAUAAGAUGGACCUGACUGGAAGCCUCAAAGCCAUGUAUGAGGAGGAAGAGAUCAAGCAUACUUACCAGAUCAGUUAUGCUGACCUAAGUGCCAAUGCAGUAUCCAGCACCACUGGAAAAGUAUUUGGAACCCACAUGAGCCACAACGCUGCGCUUGAAAUUGUUGGUCUUGCUGCCAGGAUCACCAAUGAUGCCCGCUUCAACUCCCAGCCAAUGCGUUUUGACCACACCAUCCGUGCAAGCAUCCUUCCCUUCGACUUCAACCUUGAUGCCUUCUUUAAUGCUGAUGGUGACCUGACCAUGUAUGGAACGCACAGUGCUAAGGUCUAUGGCAAGUUCCUCAUUAAGGCACAGCCCCUGGCUUUUGUCAGCUCACAUGAAUACAGAGCCUCACUGAACCAGCAGCUGGAUAAUGGUCUCUCCCUGGAGUCCACAAUUGACAACAAGAUGGAUACUGUUCUGUCCCCCCAGGAGCAAAGAACCACUGUCAUGAUGAAGUCUAAAAUGAAUGAUCAUACAUUAAAUCAGGACAUAAGUGUUUACAACACUGCUGAGAGAAUCGGAAUGGAGGUUUCUGGUACCAUCCUCACAAAUAUUCUCAACACAGUCACCACAGACAACCAAGAAUUCACCAUCUCCGGCUUCCUUAAGUAUGAUAAGAACACAGAUAGUCAUGUGAUUCGCAUUCCUCUUAUUGAAUACUUGCCUCUUGUCCUGACAACAUGGGAAGACAUCAAGGUCCUUCUUGUGAGCAUGGAAGAAGCAUUGCUGGAGUACAUCAAUAAUGCAGAAAUCAGAGCUAAACUUGAGGCACUUCCCCAGCAUGUGAGUGACUUUAUUGAUCAACUGAAUAUAGAUGACAAAGCUAUUCAGCUGAAACAAUUCAUAGUUGAUUUAACCCAUGACUAUGCCAUCUCCAUGGAGGACCUGGAAGCCUCUCUGAUGAACCUGAAAGUUGCUGUUGAGAAACUGCUUGUUGAUCUCACUACUCGUAUCCAACACUUUGUUAAUAUCAUGAAAGAGAUGAUUGUUAGUGGCACUCUGUCUGAAACUGUUAUUCAGAAGAUCCAGGAGCAGCUGAAUGCUAUUGAUGAGGAGUACAACAUCAAGAGUAUGAUUGUUUCUGUGAUGGAUACUAUGGUGGAGAUGAUCAAACAGAUUGACCUGGAAAAACUGAGAGGUAGCAGCAUUGCUUUCCUGCAUGACAUUGAUGCUAAGUUUGAAAUCAAGGCUACCCUAGAGAUGAUCCUGAAUGAUUUGAAGAAUUUCAUUAAUACUUUGGAUAUGUCCAAGUUUGCUGCCGAAAUGAAAAGGUACAUUAUGUCCUUCAACUUGGAAGCUUACAUUGAAGAAAUGAUGACUUGGAUUCCCCAAAGCACUGUCAGAAGAAUAGUUGAUAACGUUAAGGAAUUUAUGCAGGAUUUUGACAUCCUUGGUAGAGCAAACACAUUCCUUGCCAAAAUGAGGGAGCUGGUUGUCAGAUUUGAGGUUGACAAGAAGAUUGAGGUCAUCCUGGAGAAGAUUGUGGAGCUCAUCAAGCAGUUCAGAAUUGAGGAGACCUUGAAGGUCGUUGUUAACAGACUGAAGGACAUCUCAGCCAAAAUUUUGCAAGUUAUAGAAGAUGGCAUCAAAAAUCUAAGGUCAAAUGGAAUUAAGCAUGUGAUUGACCAACUGAAUGCAUAUAUUGACACUGCUGUCCAGGGGAUGAAGUCAUUUGAUUAUAAUCAGUUUGUGGAUGAGGCCAAUGAAAUGAUUGCAAAAUACACAGCCUAUAUGAAUGAGAUGAUCCAGGCACUUGAGAUCCCCCAGAAACUUGAGGCCACUAGAGAUUUUGUCAACUUUGUCUUAUCAUCAGCUAAGGGUUUCAUGGAACAACUGAGAGAAGUCAAAAUUGCAGACAUGAUCAAAACUUUGAAGGAAGUCAUUGACCAGGCUGUGCUGAAUAAUUUGCAGGGAUUUGCUGAAAUUCUGAAACAGAAGAUCGCUGCACUUAAUGUUGAAACUGAGAUUGCCUCUUUCCUUCAGUUAAUGAGCACACGCUAUGCCGAGUUCAUGACCAUCAUCACUGACUUGUUUACCAGUAUGUUUGAGGUAAUUCAGAGGGUGACUGCUGACCAAAAGAUUGUCAGUGAGAUUAAGCAAAUGAUUGAGGGACUCAUGAUUGGGCUGAAGAAAGCUGAGCUGGACAUGCCAUCUUUCACCUUCCCCCUCACUGACCUUGUUGUACCCUCCAUGAAGCUCAGUAUGGAUAAGCUUCAUGAGUUAGACAUUCCAGCAGAGAUGAACAUCCCUGAGUUUACCAUCAUGGGAUUCUACAAAGUGCAGGCCACCACCAUCUCUCUUGAUGACAUUAAGCAGAGAAUCAUUGAACUUAUUGACUACCUUGUCAACUUUGAGAUCAAUAUGCUCAAUAUGGACGCUUUCUUUGGUGACCUGACCAUGAACUACCUUCCAGCUAUGCCUGAGAUAACCAUCCCAGAGAUGACUAUUCCCGAGAUCUCUUUCCCCACCAUCCCACAGGUCCCUGUUGAAAAACUUGUCAAGACUCUUCAGAUUCCUGACAUCAAGCUGCCAUCCAUUCCAACUGAGAUCAUGAUGCCAUGCUUUGGUAAACUAUAUGGUGAAAUGAAAUUCCACACUCCCAUCUACACUAUUAAUACUAAUGCUGAGUUCCGAAACUCAACUGAUAAUGAAAAGAUCCCACAGUUCACUGCAUCCCUGACCUCAGAGGGCAAAUCCCCUAGUUAUGAAGUCCUUAAUUACAAACUGGAGUCCAAUGCCCGUAUUGCAAUCCCGAAGAGGAGCCGUGUUGUUUUUACAGAGACUCUUAAGUUCAAUUAUGUUGUUUUUGGAGUUGAUCAUCAGGCAUCUGUAGCUCUUUAUGGUCAAUCAGCCCAGGCCCAAGCUAAAACUACAAUGAAGGUCACCACUGAACCUUAUACUGCUGACUUUGUGAACACAGCCUUUGUUGCUAUGGAGGGUGGAAUGUCUGCCUCUCUUGACACAACCUAUAAUCACAUAGUGAGCCUCCCAAUCAUCGAUUUAACCAGUGAAGCUACUUUAACUCAGAAGGCAGUUGUUCGCCAGGAUGGCAACACCAUCACCCUAACAGUAGAAAACGUUGGCAAAGGCAAAUACAGAGCUGAAGAUGGCACACACAAGAGCAAUUUGCGUUUCACAAUUACUCCCAGCUUUGUCACCAUGACUUUCUCUGGUGACACUGACUCUGCCAUUCUCAAGAUGAAACAGCAGAUGACUGCUGAAAAUGCCAUCUUUAGCUACUUCAAGUUUAACAUCCGCAAUGAGGCAGAGGGCUUAUUUGUUAAAAACAGUCUUAUUGUGGCAUCUGGACAGGCCAACUUUUAUGAUAUCAAGUUUGAGCUGAAGGCAAAUCAUGAUGCAGAGUUUUAUGGUGCAGUCAGUGGAGUCCUUUCCAAUGCAAUCAAUGUUGUUGUUCAUCCCUCUAAGUUUGUCUUUGACUUUCACAACAAGGGGAACACCAAGGUGAACCCUUUUGAUAUGCUGUCCGCUAAGAUUGAUCUGCAAAAUGAUUAUUCAGCCAUGUUGAAGCCUGGCACCCAACAGCUGAACACAGUAACUAUGGUCCGUUUCAAUCAGUACAAAAUUUUCUACAACUUCACUGUUGACAAUAAUGAAAAUGAGGCUGGUGUCUUUGUUGCUAUGGAUGGAGAGGCCAAUCUUGACUUCCUGACAAAACCCAUUGACAUUCCUGAAAUGGAGCUUCCUUUUGUUAAUUUGCAUAUUCCAGCCAUCAAUAGUCUGAAUUUGUAUGAGCAAACUGGAUUGAAACACAUCUUGACAACCACUGAACAGACUGUUGAUAUGGAUGCUAAGAUUGUGUACCAAAAGAGCCAGACUGCCCCCCUUGUUGAUAUGAUGGGUCUAAUUCAGAUUCCCUCUGUGGGUAACAUGAUCACAGAGCUGUCUUUCAAAUCUGCCAUCAUCAAUCUGAAUGUCAACGCUGGACUGUACACUGAGGAUAAUCUUGUGUUCCGCCUGGGAGCAAACACAGCCUCUGAGUUUGAAAGUCUUAAAGCCAAGCUUUAUGGCACCACCAGCCUGACCACCAAGAGAGGAAUUAAGCUGGCCAACUCCCUGUCCCUGGAGAAUCAACACAUUGAGGGAACUCAUGACAGCACUGUCAGUGUAAGCACCGAGACCUUCGAUACCUCUAUCUCUGUGGCUACUGUUGCAAAGAUUAAUGUGCCAGUACUAAACCUCGAAGCAAGCCAGAAUCUGGUUGCAGACACCAAAACAAAAGCAAAUGCUGUCUCCACCUUGAAGCUGAAGGGUGAUUUCAAUGUGCCUGUGAUCAAAGCUGUCGGAAAGGCCGAGGCAGACCACAGCCUAAAGAUGGAGGGAACCUUUGACUACAUUUCCAUGGAGUCAACCACCAAGGCAAACAUUGAUGGCACAGUGCUUGAAAACUAUCCUGUUUUCGGAGUCUUGGAUAAUGAGGCUAAUCUGUACCUGAAUGGUGAUGGUCUACGUUCUACAUCAAAGACAAUUGCUGAUGCCAAACUUACCAAUGAUGCAACCAAAAUCAUUGGCAUGGAUGUGAAUGAGAACCUGGCUAUUGAAGCCUCCCUGAGCCGAGUGUAUGCAGUGCUUAAGUUUACUGGUAACAACGAGGCAAACCUGUUCACUUUCAACACCAAGGGACAGCAUGUUGCACAGGCAACCAUUGACCUUGUGCCAACCUCCUUGACUGCUGAUAUUGAUAUUAACAUGGCUCAGCCAAGUAGCAUGGGUGACAUCACCAUCACUGAAAAGACUGUUGUUGAAAUGACAGCACCUAAACAGAAGAUCUCUGCAAAUGCCAAGAUUAUCACUCCAGUGUACACCACAAACUUUGAAGUUGAUUUUGAGAGUGAUGCUCCUGGCAUCAAAGCAACUUUCAAGUCCUCUUCUAAGUCUCCCAUUGUGUUCCUGGAAUAUGACAUGGAUGCAUCUACCACUGCAAAGUUUGAGAAUGAAGCUCUGAACCUGAUUAGCAGGCUUACACUGACACACACUGACCUGACCAUGGAUAUCCACCAUGUUAUUGCCCAAGCGCUGAGGAAAAAGCGCCAAGUUGAUGACAGCCCCUCUCGCCAAACCCUGAACCUGGACAUCACCAGCCCUACUUUCACUGAUGUUAACUACCGCUAUGCUGCUCGCAGAGAUGGAAUCAGUGCCUCCAUUUCCACCCCAUCCACUGGCUUCCUGGGCCUUCAGUUUCACAGCAAGGUCCCAUCUCAGAUGAGUGCAAGACUCUAUUAUCGCUCUGCUUCCGCCCCAGAGGUUGAUGUUGACAUCUUGGCCAUAAGAAUGUCAGCUAGGGAUGCUGAUAAGAUGAAGAUGCAGAUUGCCUACAACAUGGAGGCACCAGAGGACAUGCUCUUGGGUCUCAGGAACAGACUUCCUUCCAUCAUGUCUUCACUUACCAUGUUUGCUGACAAGUACCAGAUCACAAGCAAUGUGGAGGACCUGAAGAACUCUGUUGCUGAUGUUGUCCGACAGGCCUACGACUCUGCCAUCAAUUAUGAUGUUCAAAUGAGUGAGCUGUCCAUCUUCUUCAGGAAUGUUUUUGUCCAAUACCAGAAGACCGUCCAAGUCCUCCUCGAUGCUGCUAUCAGGCUCAUGAGGGAGACCCAGUUCAAACUGCCUGGCUCUGAUAAGAUGACCACUCUACCUGAAGUCCUGAAGACACUAACCAGCAGCAUUGCUGCUAUGCUGGAGAAGCUCAUGCAGCUUGUGAGUGAGAACAUGGAGGUCUACUACAAUGAUCUAGUUGAUAUGAUUAGCAGUGUUCAAGUACAAAUGCAAAUUGGUGAUGCAAUUACUGGAGGUCAGAUCGUGGACCAGGUCAAGACAAUCAUCAAGACCAUCUUUGAUGAAAUUGUGGACUUCAUGAAACAUAUGGAGAGCCUUGACAUGAUGCUAGAGAAGAUAGGUGAGACCCAGAAAGCUAUUGUUGAGAAAUCUCAGGAGUUUGUUGACUCUAUCAAGUCUGACUACCUGGAUUCAGUGUUCUUCAGCAUCAAUGCUGUCUACCGUAACAUCGCCACAGCUAUGCUGACUGUUGUUGACCAGAUCUCUGACCUAAAUAUGGAGCAGCUGAACAUGGCCAUUGAGUACAUCAUGGACACACUCAUGUCUGUGAUGAAUCAGUUCAAUACUAUCUUUUCUAGUUUUCUGCAGCAGGCUUCAGAGGAAGCUCAGACCUACAUGAAAGUUAGUGGAGGGAAGCUUGAGAUUGACCUUCCUUUCCCCUUCCAACAGUGA